GGCUGCUGUGGGUGGCGGCAAAAAGGGCCCGAUCGGCAAGCAAAACCUCCACUCCAGUAUAUAUCAUGCACCAUUUCAUUUCAUCAAUCGUGCAGGCACCACCCUCUCUUAUCCUCUCCUCCCACUCGCCUCGCUCGCUCCCCCAAAUUCUCCGCCUCCUCAGUGGCGCGGCGCUGCGUGCCCGCCUAGCUCGGCGUUGCCCUAGUUCCCCCGCCCGGUCGCCGUCGCUCCCGGCGCGCGCUAUGCCAUGAGCAGAGACCUCGAGGACGGGCAGGGCGCCGUCGACAGCGUUGUUGCGGCAGCAGCUGGAGAAGGGGAGCGGGGUAGCGAGGCUCCGACCGCGGCGGGCGGCGGUGGCGGCGGGGACGCGCACGACAACGACGUCGUGAUGCCGGGGUUCCGAUUCCAUCCCACGGAGGAGGAGCUGAUCGAGUUCUACCUCCGGCGAAAGGUGGAGGGCAAGCGCUUCAACGUCGAGCUCAUCGCCUUCCUCGACCUCUACCGUUUCGACCCAUGGGAGCUCCCCGCAAUGGCGGUGAUGGGCGGGAAGGAGUGGUUCUUCUACGUGCCGAGGGACCGCAAAUACCGGAACGGCGACCGGCCGAACCGGGUGACGGCGUCGGGGUACUGGAAGGCGACGGGCGCCGACCGGAUGAUCCGCGGCGAGAACAACCGCCCCAUCGGGCUCAAGAAGACGCUCGUCUUCUACUCCGGCAAGGCCCCCAAGGGCGUCCGCAGCAGCUGGAUCAUGAACGAGUACCGCCUCCCGCCGCCGGCAACCGACGCUGACCCCUUGAUCCCCAAGUCCGAGAUCUCGCUCUGCCGCGUCUACAAGCGCUCUGGCAUCGACGAUGGCCAUGGGCAGUCAUCCUCCAGUACCCAAGCUUCCUCAGGGCGGGGGGUCUCCUCCCGCACCAGCGUGCCUCCGACCGGUCGGCAUGGAUCCUCACCGUCUUCCACGCCACUGUCGCCGACGCAACUGUCACCGACGCAGCAGCUCAGCAGCUUCCAUCUACUCCAAGGGGAAUGCUCGUCUGCCUCACCGCCGGCGCCCAUCAUGGACCAAGUGGUCACCGUGCACACUGCGCCGCCGCUUCUGCCUCCCCCAAGGCCAUGCACGUACGCGCCGGCGGCGACGACGAUAAGAUCAACAGCGGCAGUUGCGCCGCAACGGGCACAGGGCGCGGCGGUCAUCCCCUCCUCCACGUACUCAUCACUGCUCAACAUGGCCGCCGGCGCUGCGCCUAUGGCCGGCAGCUCAAGGCCCAUCGAUGAGCUGAUGAGCACGCCGCGGCUGGUUAGUCCCAGCCAGGCCUACGCUAACCUCUCGGCCGUGACGGGCAGCCACUUCCUCCCCUUGAUGCCCGCGCCACCGCCGCCAAUGCCACAAAUGACGCCGCUCGGCACGCUGCCGAUGGUGCCGCUACCGCCUUCUGUCACUGACAAGCUCAGCUGGGAUUGGAACCCGGUCCCUGACACGACAGCCCAAGAUUACAAUGCUUCUGGUUUUAAGUGAGCCCAAACUCACUGUUAAAUUCUGAAAACCUGCCAUCAGUGUAGGCUAACAUAUAUACCCUUAGCUUCAAUCAGUCGACAGAGAUUACAAUGCAUGUCAGUUAGUAUAUAUAUCAAGAAUACUAAAUGGAUUGUUCAGGAACUGAAGAUGGUUUGUAAGCAUAAUGUGAGAUCAUUUUAAAAAUCAGCAUCAGCAUGCAAGUUUAAUUCACUUCCGAUUCUUCCAUGCAUGUCUUUAACAACUAAUUAACAUAAUUGGUGUACUUUUCUUAGUAAUUCCAAAAGGUUUUGGUAGGUUUUCUUUUUGCAGUUAAACUGCAAGGCACACAUGAAAUAAUGUGAGCAUGAUUGGACGGAGCCCGUUGCAGCAGGUGUUGUUUCUUUCAGCAUGAUUGGGGGGAAGAAUUGAAGGGGGUGGACAAUGUCAGAUAAAAAGCUUUGCAUGUGCCCACAGGAAUUCUGAAUCUUUCAGAUCUAGAGGUGAUGACUGUCUUGUGCAUCCAUGGAAUGAUUCAUGUGAUUAUUGCAACAGCUUUUGUUCUUUACCAUUGCAACAGUGCUUGGUCAUUGUUCUCAGUCACUUGGUGCUAACAGUCACCGAGCACAUAUACUGUGCUUCUUCUUCUCCUUCUUCUUCUUUUGCUGAAGAGAAAAGGUAAAAACAAGACAAGCUGC